AUGACCUCGACUAGCUACAAACAAGAUAAAUGGUAUACAACUUCUUGUAGUCAUUGUACAUUUACAUUACCUUUACGAUAUAAAGAUUUAGUUCUUAUUGAAAAAAAAACUUAUACUACUAUAGUUCGUGCGACUGAUACUACAACUGGUAAAUAUGUAGCUAUUAAAAAACUUCUCUGUCCUUUUCGAACUCACAUAUAUGCAAAACGAACACAUCUAGAACUUAAACUUCUUAUAUAUCUCAACCAUCAUGAUGCACAAGUUUUACAAUUGUGUGAUGUAUUUACACCUGAAAGAAAUGUAAACGAUUUUCAAACAUUAUACUUUGUAUUAAAUUUUGUUGAGUAUGAUUUGCAUCAAGUUAUACAAUGUUAUGAAUCAAUCACAGAGGAACGUAUUAAACUAAUUAUCUAUUCACUUCUUCGUGGUUUGAAGUUUAUUCAUUCAGCUGGUAUUAUUCUUUGGGAUUUAAAACCAACAAAUAUUGGAGUCGAUCGAAAUAACAAUGUUACAAUUCUUGAUUUUGGAUUAGCUCGUGUUGCACCGAUUGGUUCUGACAUUGAUUAUAGUCCUACCAGAUUGUGGCGUGCACCAGAAAUAUAUCUCAAUAAGAAAAAAUGUGAUGAAAAAAUUGAUAUAUGGUCUGUUGGUUGUAUAAUGGCAGAAUUAAUUCUACUUAAACCACUUUUUUCUGGAAAAGUUACAAUUAAUCAGUUAAAUAGAAUAUUUGAUAUUAUUGGUACACCCGAUUCAAAAACAUUACAAGAGAUAUGUAUACCAGAUAAUACAUUCUCAUCAUGUAUUGCAUCACUUGUUUGUAAAUUCCUUUACAUGAAAGUGAAAUUUGAUGCUAAUAUACGUGCGAGAUCAGAUAGUUGUUCACUUUAA